CAAGUAGGGGGUGUGUUGGAGGGACUUCUGAGGGCAGCUUGUCCUGGAAGAAUGGGGGAGAGGUGGCAGCCUCUGCUGUCUCCAAGGACAUCUGUGUAGCUCCCCGGGAGACCCUCUGCCCUCUCCCCCUCCCACCAGCCGGGCGAGCAGGGACCAAGCUUGCUUAUUAUCACCUGACGCUGAGCAGCCACUGAUCCCAUUGGUGGAUCCGGAUUCGGUCUGGCUCUCUCGUUCUCUCUCGCCUUCUCUGCCUCUCUCUCCUCCACGCUGUUUUGAUUUCGCUGUAGCCUCUCUUCUUGCGCUCGCUCGCCUGGGAACAUCGGCUCACCAGGGGCCGCAGCGACGCGCUGCAGAGCCAGACAGGAGCUGCCUGCGGGGCAUGGAAGAAGCCUCCUUGGCAGCCGGGAGAGGAGCGAGCAUACACCGCUGCCUGUGACCCAGCCGUCCAGCCGCUGUCUCCUGCCUGGGGAGCUCACCCACACAGAGGUUUCUCCCUUCCCUCCCUGCCGGGUCUUCUUCUGCAGAGCCCAGUGGAGCCAGCCCUGUGCAGUGGUGACCCUCACUGAGGCACCCCCGGAGAGGAGAGAGACCUGAGUCUGAGGGCCCUGGCACCUGUGGACUUCUGGCUGCCACUGCCGUCACCUGCCCCAAGCCUCGCACCUUGGCUCCUCAGCAGUCCCCACAGGAGCCAAACCAGAGGGGAGCAUGGAGCUGCUAUCCACGCCCCACAGCAUUGAGAUCAGCAACAUCACCUGCGACUCCUUCCGCAUCUCCUGGGCCAUGGAGGACAGUGACCUGGAGAGGGUCACCCAUUACUUCAUUGACCUCAACAAGAAGGAGAAUAAGAACUCCAACAAGUUCAAGCACCGGGAUGUCCCCACCAAGCUAGUGGCCAAGGCGGUGCCACUGCCCAUGACAGUGAGAGGCCACUGGUUCCUGAGCCCCCGCACGGAGUACAGCGUGGCCGUACAGACGGCGGUGAAGCAAAGUGAUGGCGAGUACCUGGUGUCUGGCUGGAGCGAGACAGUGGAGUUCUGCACCGGGGAUUAUGCCAAAGAGCACCUGGCUCAGCUGCAGGAGAAGGCUGAGCAGAUCGCCGGCCGCAUGCUCCGCUUCUCUGUCUUCUACCGCAAUCACCACAAGGAAUACUUCCAGCACGCCAGGACCCACUGUGGGAACACGCUGCAGCCCUACUUGAAGGACAACAGCGGCAGCCACGGCUCCCCGACCAGCGGCAUGCUGCACGGGGGCUUCUUCAGCUGCAACACGGAGUUCAACACGGGCCAGCCCCCGCAGGACUCCCCCUACGGCCGCUGGCGCUUCCAGAUCCCCGCCCAGCGCCUGUUCAACCCCAGCACCAACCUCUACUUCGCGGACUUCUACUGCAUGUACACGGCCUACCACUACGCCAUUCUGGUGCUGGCGCCCAAGGGCUCCCUGGGGGACCGCUUCUGCCGUGACCGCCUGCCCCUCCUGGACAUUGCCUCCAACAAGUUCCUGACCUGCAGCGUGGAGGAUGGGGAGCUGGUCUUCCGCCACGCCCAGGACCUCAUCCUGGAGAUCAUCUACACUGAGCCCGUCGACCUGUCCCUGGGCACCCUGGGUGAGAUCAGCGGGCACCAGCUCAUGAGCCUGUCGACCGCUGAUGCUAAGAAGGACCCCAGCUGCAAGACCUGCAACAUCAGUGUGGGCCGCUAGGGAUUCCUGGGGAGCUGGGGGGUGAGGGAGAGGUGACAGAUGGGAAGGUGGAGGUGGGUGGCCCAGGUUCAGGGAGCUGGCUUUCUCUCCCCUGCCCCCCUGCUCACUCCACUCUGCCCGGCUGCCCUCCCCCCGCCCCUUGGCACUGGAGGCAACAGAUGGCGGUCCUCUUUGGUAAGUGUGGCCCACCCCAGGCCUGGUGGACAUGGAAGGCUUCUGAGCCUCUGUAGGUUGAUGGGUGGGUUGGAUUUCUGGAGAACUUCCCCCUUCCUGGUCUGGAGAACUUCCCCAUCCUGCUGUUCUUUGCCUCACCCAAGUCUCUGUCUUCGGGAGACCUGCCCACCUCCCGGGCUCUCCCAGGGAAGCCUCCCUGGGCCAGGGCCCACGUGUAGCUUGGCUGCCUCUAAUGGAGAUGCAGAGAGCUGUGGGGCGCUUCCAUAGCCCCACCCACCCCACUCAGGGCCAACCAUAGAAUGCCCCCUCCCCAGUGAGCUGGGCCUCGGGGGACCUCCCACUCCAGGCCCGGGGCCCUUCCCCCUAUAAAUAGUCUCCUGCACCGCCAUGAUACCCUGGCUGCUCCUUGUCCCAAAGAACCCUCUUCCUGCAUGGGAGAGCCGUCCCUCCCUUUCUCCACCUGCCCACUGGGGACGCUCCUCCCGCUCUCUAGAAAGAGACCUCCUUUUUUCUCUUGGCUUUGGGGUCUUUGGGCUGUUGGGACUUUCCCUUCUUCUAUCUGGAGAUGACACACACCCCAGUAUCCCUUCUCCUUGCUCAAGAGCGCCAGGGUCUGGACAGCAGCCACUGAGGUCGAGGAGGGGGAAGGAGACCCCUGAGACCCAGAGGUACCCCUUCCUCAGCUGGGAGUGGGCCACCUCGUGCCCUGAUGGGGCCUGGCGUGGAACUGGAGAACUGGGGGCUUUUCCGAAGAGCCCUGGCACCCCGCCCGGCUGUGCGCUUUGCUCGCUCGCUCUGCCAUGGUGCCGUGACUGUACUGUGCCUGUGUGUGAACUGGACUGUGGAUUCUCCGCCCCUCCCCCACCCGAUGGCACUGUCCACUCUCUCCUGGCCAACUCCUGGCUGGGAGCCCCUCCCCUGGAAGCCAUUAAUGAAGUCUUUCCUGAGCCCUCCCCCUGCGUUUUCACCUAGUUCCUACUGUUGCACAGGUCAUGGGGGGGACUCCCUGAGAUAAGCAAAGCAGGUGGGGAGAGCGGGGAGGGGCUGACAGGGGUGUCAUCAGGAGGAGGAGAAAGCAGCCUCCACAAUGACUUCCUCCGAGGUGACAGAGACUGUGGACAAGCAGCUGGAUUUCUGUGAUGAAGGACAGAAGGGGCCAGCAGGCUGUCAAGGCUAUACCUUGGUGAGGGGGCAGGUGGACAGCUGGUUGCCUCUCCGCAGCCAGGGGGAGUGGUGUGAUCGGCUGCCUCUUUGGGGUGGGUCUGGAGGCUCUGGGAGAUGCGUGGAGAAGGAGAGAACACGGGCCCCAGACCCUUCCCCUUGUGCUGACAGCAUGGCUGUGGGGGUGGCCUGAUGUCCUCCCCUGCUCCCUGUCCUCCCUGGGCUGGGGGCACACCCGCCUGUGCUGUGCUUGCGAUGUGCAUCAAUAAACCACCAUGGCCUGAGGGCCCCGCCUGCC